AUGGUUGAUUUAUCUAAGCGUAUUAUUCGCAUAGGUCAAUCAUCUAGCAUCGACUCCAAUGAAGAUAUCAUGGCUGAUACGACCAACACAACUACCGUAAAUUAUGAUGCUCUUGAGAAUCCAGUUGAUUUUUGGACCCGUGCAUAUCCACCGUUGUAUCAAGAAGGUUGUGAAGUGGACGAUCAUGAUCGUCCAUUCUUUGAGUACGGAAAACUCAGAGGACAAGUGGUUCCAUUCAUUUUUGAUUUUUUGGAAGAAAAAGAAUUGACAGCAACUUAUGUUUGUGUUGCUAAUGAAAUUCAACAUGGUACGGAUAUACCACGUAUUCAUAUACAGAUCAUUGUAGAAGAGGUCAAGACACUCAAUGAACCAUUUUUCGAUAUGUUUCUCGCUUUAACAUUCACGGAACAUGGUUCCUUUAAAAGUACAUUGUCGCGUGGUGGUAAAAAGAAAUGGCCAAUGGCUACGAAACAAAGAAAGAAAAUCAAUAAAUGGUUACGCAAGCACUUCCGGACCGAACGAGGUCGUCCAAAACUUCUCGUAUUAAUCGGUCCAUCAGGCACAGGAAAAACAUCAUUUGCUUUAAGUCUACCGGGUAUCGUAAAUCAUUGCGUCGGUCAUUUUAAUCCCGAAGAAUGGGACAAUCGUGCGGAUUAUAUAGUGAUUGAUGAUGUGCCAUGGGAAGAAUUCAAAGAUCACGGAUAUCCCAGAAAGAAGAACUUGCUUACUGGUCAACAUUUUACGACUGUAUGUGAACAUGAAUAUUUCGUGAAACCACCUGAAGAAUCAGACGACGAUUCAGAUGACGAUACUUCAGAUACUCUUGACGAUUUGCCACUAUUUAAGAAGGCUGAAAUUGAUUUUCUUCGACGACAACGUCAAGCAAAAAGCGUUACUGUUGACGAAUCUGAAUCAUCACCAACAAGUCAAGAUGAAGAUGUUGAAACACUUUCAACAACAAACAGUGAUGCAGAUGAUGGAACCAUCUCGAUGACGGAACAAGACGAAGAAAAAAUUCAAAAUACACGCGGAAAGUCAAUCGAAUAUCCACAUCCCUAUUUGGAUUGA